CGUCAUAUAAACCCCCUGCUGUGCUUUACGCUUGAAGCGGAGUGUGAGUGGAAGAAGAAGGGCAGCCUAAGGGCAACUUUUCGAGUGAAACAUCACUAAAAUAGCUUUUUGUGUUGUUCGAAAAUGGCUCCAAUUAGUACGGACGGGGCCGAACAAGAUCCUCAGCCGACGUCGAAGCCAAACGGCACCGGAGAAACGGCAGAAACCGGCAUGGAGGGACAGGCCGUGCCGGACCCCAAACAGGAACCGGGCGACAACAACGAGAGUACAGCAGGAAUGGACGUGAACAGUUGUCGUGGUGCGGCGGACUUGGACAACCCGUCUCCCGUUCGCGACGCCGACGAAGAAACCGCUGUGCCGAUUGAAAAGGAGGACGGUGAUGUAGGGGAACCCGGCGUUAAACUCUCUGAACCGGGGAAAAGUCCCGUACAGGGGAGUUUGGCAAGUAGCACUGAUUCCGCACAAGAGGGCUCCCGGGUGCUGAAACAAGAACAAAGAGAGGGGGAGAACGUGUCCUCCUCACCGCCCACCGAGCACACAAAGACCGCGGAGAAAGCCGAGCACGGCACCAAGAGACGGGCCAGCGUGGAGCUGACCUCCUCGGACGGAGAGCCGCUCAGUCGGAUGGAUUCCGAAGACAGUAUCAGCUCCACCCUGAUGGACAUGGAGAGCACAGCGUCCAGCGGCCGCUCCACCCCCGCUAUGCUCAACGGUCACGGUGGUAGCGGCGCGGUGACGGGCGGCGGCCCGGCGCAGCCCGGAGGAAAGCCUUUGAGCUACACCUGCUGCUGGGAUCACUGCCAGCUGCACUUCCCCAGCAGCCCAGACCUGGCUGAACACAUCAGAGCCACGCAUGUGGACGGACAGAGAGGAGGGGUGUUUGUUUGUCUGUGGAAGGGCUGCAAGGUGUACAACACUCCAUCCACCAGUCAGAGCUGGCUGCAGAGACACAUGUUGACUCACAGUGGGGACAAACCCUUCAAGUGUGUGGUAGGGGGCUGCAAUGCCACAUUUGCCUCCCAAGGGGGGCUAGCGCGUCACGUUCCAACUCACUUCAGCUCCCAGAGUUCAUCCAAAGUGUCGAGUCAGGGCAGAGUGAAGGAGGAGUCUCCGUCCAAGGCCGGCCUCAACAAGCGGAGGAAGCUGAAGAACAAACACAGGCGCUCGCUGCCACGACCUCAUGACUUCUUUGACGCCCAGACCAUGGACGCCAUCCGCCACCGAGCCAUCUGCCUCAACUUGGCAACGCAUAUCGAGAGCCUGGGCAACGGACACAGUGUGGUCUUCCACAGCACGGUAAUAGCCAGGAGGAAAGAGGACUCUGGGAAGGUGAAGGUCCUGUUGCACUGGACACCUGAAGACAUACUUCCAGAUGUGUGGGUGAAUGAGAGCGACAGACUGCAGCAGAAGACCAAAGUGGUUCAUCUGUCCAAGCUGCCCACGGACACAGCCGUGCUCCUGGACCCCAGCAUCUACAGGAUGUUCUUCUGACCAACUAAAAGUGAACUCCACUGUCACUUCCUGCUAAUCCACAAGGAGGAGACUACCUCGUUUUCCCUUUGUCUCCAUCUCUGUGUUCCUCUUCCUCCCUCCUUCUUCCCAGGGGAUGCUGAAACUUAAGUGACAUGUUUGUCAUGGCAGUCUGAGGCCUCCCUCCAGUGUUUUCUUCUUUAGGUGCUGAGUUUACUGAGGAUGUGUAGGAGAGAUGUUGCUUGUUUUAGGUAACAGAACUAGACUGAAAACUAACUGACAGCUGUAGCUCUAGACUGUAGAGAGAAGCGGUCUUUGUAAAUACUCGAGAUUUGUAAUAUAUUUUUAUACUUUGAAUUUUUUUUACUGUACUGUAGAUAGAUGUCUUUUUUUCAGCUGAACAUUUUUAAAUAGAUGUUUUAAAAACAGAUAUUAUUGUUCAUGUACAUAUAGCUGCCAUUGCUCUGGUAUGAUGUCAUUAAACUUUUCCAACAUCUG